AUGAUUGCCCAUGGAAUCCGAACUCUUGGCGUCCUCGGUGCAGGCCAGAUGGGCACCGGAAUUGCACUGGUGUCUGCAUUGCGAGCCAAGGUUCCCGUGCUCUUGCACGACCGGUCUCAAGAUCAAGUAACUAAGGGCCUCGCCUUUGUAGACAAGUUGCUCGAGAAGGACGUGUCGAAAGGGAGAAUAAGUAGCGAGGAAGCCAAGGAGGCAAGAGACAGGAUAACGGGUGUUGAUGGCGUCCAUGCGAUGAGAGACGUGGAUAUGGUCGUUGAGGCUGUCUCGGAGAACCUAUCGCUGAAGCAGAAAAUAUUCCAGCAGUUUGCCACUGAACUGUCACCAGAAGCUAUACUAGCAUCCAACACAAGUUCGAUAAGUAUCACCAAGAUUGCGGCAUCGACAAUACCCGAAGGUGUCAGUGCCGCCAGUGAUGCAGCAAAGAAGACUGCUGGACGUGUUGUUGGUCUACACUUUUUCAACCCUGUACCUGUCAUGAAACUUGUCGAACUUAUUUCAGCUUUACAAACUACAUCAGACACAUUAGACAGGGCACGCUCAUUCGCCACGGCGUGCGGAAAAGAAGUGACAACGUCAAAGGACGUUCCCGGAUUUGUGUCUAAUGCUCUCUUGAUGCCGUUCAUCAAUGAAGCCAUCAUGUGUUUAGAAAAGGGAACGGCCACUCGAGACGAUAUCGAUACAACGAUGAAGCUGGGCAUGAAUCAUCCCAUGGGUCCACUGCAGCUUGCUGACUUCAUCGGGCUGGAUACUUGUCUUGCAAUCCAGGAAACAUUGUAUGCUGGCACUCGAGACUCGAAGUACCGGCCCAGUGUGUUGCUUGAGCGAAUGGUGGACGCGGGGUGGUAUGGCAAGAAGAGCGGGAAAGGUUUCUAUGAUUACAACUGA